UUGAAUAAAUUGAAUGGCAGAGAGAUGUGUGUGUGGUAACAAUUAGAAUACCUCAUGGCAGAUCAGAGACCGCCUGAUCAGAGACCCCCAGAUCAGAGACCCCCUGAUCAGAGACCCCCUGAUCAGAGACCCCCUGAGCAGAGACCCCGGCCAACACCACCACCACCAACGUCGCAGAGGCAUAAAUCACGUCACUCAGCAAAUCCGCAAGCACAUCAAUUGCAGCGAGACCGAGAACGAGAAUCGUUAAGAGCGAGGGAGCUAGAACGACAGAGGCAGCGUGAACGUGAGCGUGAGGAAGAACGUGAGCGUGAACAUGAGCGACAAAGGCAGAGGAUUCGUGAACUUCGAACCAAAAAAUCGAAAUCGAAAAUCUAUACCGUCGGACUUAUUUUGGUUGCAAUUAGCUUGGCUCAGUUAAUUGUCCUGAAAGUGUUAGAUGUCGAUUUACAAAAGUACGUGCCGGUGCCGGGAUUCGUUUGGAUGAUGGUUGCUUUAAUUUGCAUGACCAUAAUGAUCUGCACCGAUCUCUUUAGCGUAUAUCCCAUCAACUGGCUAUUGGCAAUCCUAAUUGUGGAGGUGGUUACCUUUGGCGUCGCUGUUGGGCGUUGGACUCUCGUUACAAUGGAGGUGGCUUUUAUGGUUGUGGGCAUAACUCUGUUUAUAACCAUACUACUACAUUUACUUGGCGCCUUCUGCCCGCUAUAUAUGUUGCCAGGCACUAUAGCCAUGUUCAUACUGAUCGCUGCUUUUAUCAUAGUAUUUCUUGCGCUGCAAGCCUUGAUGUACUUCAGCCAUGAUCAGAGCUAUCGUAUUUAUAUUGAUGUUACUCUUGUAGUAUGGAUAGUGUCUGUGACGGUUUAUAGCGCCACAAUUAUUCACGAACGUCGUGCAGAGUCUAUUACUGACGAUUUUCUAAUGUCAGCCAUGUUUAUAACGGUGUUUUAUAUGAUCCUUCUAAGCGCUUUAAUUUCGAUAGCACACUUUUUACUGAUGGACGAACCCGAUACUAGGAAAUUUAAAUAUUUGGUUUAG